AUGAGUUUCAUUUUCGUACCCAAAUCGACCGGCCAGCGGACGGUGAGGGUGGUGAACUUCAACGUGUACAUGGGCUACGACCGAAGGGGCGAGGACAAUACCUUCCGGGUGGGCAGGCUUCUGAAGGACCUUGAGGCCGACAUCGCCGGAUUGCAGGAAACCGGGCUGAUGCGAUUGACCCUGGGCAACCGGCACUACGCCGGGGCGGUGGCGAGGGCUGCGGGUAUGGUACUGGCCGCGGCCGCGCCGGUGGCGGAGGACACCUGGGGCUGCGCCAUCUUGUCGCGCCUUCCGGUGCUCAGCUGGGGGUGGAGGAGGCUUCCGAGGGGCCCGGGGGAGAACGCCUGCGUAGUUCACGCCACCCUGUCGCUGGGGGGGGGGAUGGGGGUCGCGACCGUUGUUAACGUGCACCUUGGCAACGAGGGCGAUACCGAAAAACAGGUGGUUAAAAAUGUGUUUGUACAGUAUUUAUUGGGCCUGCCCUGUAUAGUAGGGCGAUACCGAAAAACAGGUGGGUGA